CGACCCAGCGUUGGCCUUCUUUUCGACUCUUCUGGGUAGAUUCUCUGCUCUCGAGUCUGAUCCCUUCCGUGUUGGGAUCCUUUCAAUAUACUUGUUGGUCCUUCCACAGAUCACCUUCUCUCAUUGCCAUGUUGCACCACCCCCGCCAUGUUCUUUCGUUUUUACUGUGCCCACUACGAUGUGCAAGGAAAAGGUGACCCCUGCAGCGACAGGGUCAGAUCUGCAUCGCUGGCAAGGCGCGGAAGUCCUGCACGCAGAUCAUCUGGAACAUGCAGAUGGUAAACGGAAUCCUUUCGCGGACACCGCAGUUGUUCCGCCGAAGAGGGCGGCAAGUAACCCCUUCUUCAAUGCACAGGAAAAGCCAACCAAACGGACGCUGCUUCCGAACACUACGGCAAAUCCUUUCGCUGACUUAUACUCAAUCACUGCACCCCCUACAGAAUCUACCACCAAUCCCCCUCCUACCGGCAAUGGUCCAGCCCUACAAUCUCUCAUUGCGGCACUCGAAACGUCUCCUGCGGAGGUGGAGGGGCGCCUUCUCGUCAUUUCUGUACAAUCGUCUGUUUAUUCCCGGGGUUCGUACCUAGCGAGCGAAACCGGCGAGGAUGCCAUCAGUAUAGCGGCUUUGCCUUAUCCUCCGACCUAGAUUCCGCACGCAUAGUUUUGCUCCCGUGGUGCUCAAGACCGACCAAUUCGUAUUGCUAGCCGUACGCCCUCCGUGUACAUCCUUCCUACUUCCGACUACGUAUGUUAUUUCGUUUUUGUGUUGUUUCCUGUUUCCAUAUUGCGCACAUGUACAUGCCAGGCGCACACGCCGAUCUAGUAUCGACACCCACUUGGUCACUCCGUUUCACGCGUUACUUCGUGUACCUUGUUCUCGCACUUUGAUCGAAACUGGAAUGCGCGUUUUCCUCGUGCAAACAUGGCCUUCCACUUGCCUGUUUUUUCCCCUUCGUCUCGUCAUACGUGGGAGUACAUGCAAAUAUAAAUCUGGUGAAUCGAAUGCCUAGC